AUGCCUGAUACGUGUCUGGUAGUGUGGGGUAGGCACGUGAGCGAAAGCUGGCCGAUGCUGCCUGCGCACUGUGGAUUUUCGUUGUUUGCCGUCGUCGGUCGGUGUUUAUUCGAACGAGUCGGCAUGCUGAGAUCGCCCAGUCAGCGCCAAGCGAAGAAGGUUGCCGUGCCGACUGUCCCCGGCUCCACGAUGCCCCCCGUUUCGUUCAGUAAGGUGGACGGUGGUUACGUGGUAGUGGACAACGUGCGUAACUCGUCAUCGUCUUAUGGCAGCUUGGGUCAAGAAGACGAACGUUUUUUGUCAUCGUCGGCAGUUGGAAGCGGAAGCGGUGGCAAGUCAUUGGACCGAAAACUGAUCGCCACCGGUGCCGGUACUCUGAACGCCAGUGUGCCAUGUGCCAUGUUGAUGCCAGCCGUUAACCUGUGCGCCGGAGCCUACGGCACCGACGUCAAAAACAGCCGUUCAUCCCGCAGACCGUGUUCCACCGAGAUGGUCCUGACUACGAGUAAGUUAUAAAC